GGACGUCACGAGGCGACGCCGAAGGCUGUUGCGAGAGCCCGCGCUGUGCGGCACCCGGCGGGCUGGUCGGUGUGUCGGCUCUCUGCCCGGGGCGCUGGUUUGUCUGUGUGCGUGAACUGGCGUCGGGGUUGGGCUGUCGGGACCUCGUCGCCACCCCCUUCCCCCUGACCUCUCCCCGCUAGGCCUUCAGACUGGACUUCCGCGGGAGGCAGUGUCCAGGGCGGACGUGUGUGAGGGGGGAGUGGGGCGGCAACACCUGGGCUGGCUGCGCACAAGUUUGCUUAGGUUCAGGGCCGCCGACAGGUCUCGGCCGUUUAUCAGUGGUGCCUGGUGGAUGGAGUGGUGCACAGGCUGCCCUGGAGCCCUCUGCUUUCUUCGGUCAGCUGCCUUAGACUUCUGCUCCUUUCGCAUGGAAAUGUCUACCUCGUCUUGCUGGCGUGGUUUCGGAAAGCAAUUGAAAAAAAUCUGUUGGAGGCUAUAAAGUGCAUUGCUGUUAACGUAGUCCCAUAAUCUAAAUUAAAAAGCCGACGGAUACGGGAAAAUAAGCUUUUAGAUUAUUUAUCAAUCUUUAAAAUGAUAGAGUUUUCUGCUGCCAGUGAUGUUCAGAUAAACUUCAGUGAAAUGACUCUUCAGGAAUUGGUGCAUCAGGCUGCCUCCAUUUAUUCUGAUAAAACAGCUGUGUGUUUUGAUGAAUGUAACAACCAGCCUCCAGUUUAUUACACCUACAAGACUGUGGUUCAUGCUGCUUCAGAAUUAUCAAGUUUCCUGCUGUUACACUGUGACUUUCAAGGAAUUCGGGAAGUUGGUCUCUACUGCCAUCCUGGGAUAAACCUACCCUCUUGGAUUUUAGGAAUUCUCCAAGUCCCUGCUGCUUAUGCUCCUAUUGAUCCAGAUUCACCACCAGCAUUAUCAGUUUAUUUUAUGAAAAAAUGUAAUCUGAAGUAUAUCCUUGUCGAAAAACAGCAGAUUAAUAAAUUCAAAUCUUCCUAUGAAACGAUAUUGAAUUAUGAUACAUUUACAGUUGAACAUAAUGACCUAGUACUCUUCAAACUUCACUGGAACAAUGUUGAGGUGAGCUUGAUGCUAAAUGAUAGCAAAGAGAAAUACGAAAAAGAAAAAACGACAGAGAACAUGAAUUCUGAGAAGAGCUGUGAAGACAAGUCAGGAGAGCGCCUGGAUGUGCAGCUGGAGCACUGCUUGGCCUAUGUUCUCCACACAUCAGGCACCACAGGGGUACCCAAACUUGUCAGAGUCCCUCAUGCAUGCAUAGUGCCAAACAUCCAGCAUUUCCGGGUACUUUUUGAAAUCACACACGAAGAUGUUUUGUUUCUGGCCUCACCUCUGACCUUUGAUCCUUCUGUUGUGGAAAUAUUUGUUGCUCUAUCAAGUGGUGCCUCUCUGCUUAUUGUACCAACUUCUGUCAAAGUGCUCCCGUCCAAAUUAGCUGAUGUUCUCUUUUCCCAUCACAGAGUGACUGUUCUGCAGGCAACGCCGACAUUACUUAGAAGAUUUGGAUCUCAGCUUAUCAAGUCCACUGUUUUAUCAAGUAGUACUUCUCUUCGAGUAUUGGCCCUUGGUGGCGAAGCAUUUCCAUCAUUACCUGUUCUCAGAAGCUGGAGAGGAGUAGGCAAUAAAACACAAAUAUUUAAUAUUUACGGUAUAACAGAAGUAUCAAGUUGGGCGACUUUUUAUAGGAUUCCAGAGAAAAUUCUUAACUCGAAAGAUGCAUUGCCUGUGCCGCUGGGCUCUCCCUUGCUUGGGACAACAGUCGAAGUCAGAGGCACUGGUGGAUUCGCAAUUCAGGAAGGCAGCGGCCAAGUAUUUUUAGGUGGCAGAAAUAGAGUGUGUUUUCUCGAUGACGAGAUGACAGUGCCACUUGGCACAAUGCGGGCCACAGGAGACUUUGUGACGCUGAAAGACGGAGAAAUGUUCUUCUUAGGACGGAAGGACAGUCAGAUCAAGCGCCAUGGCAGACGUCUUAACACUGAACUUGUGCGACAGGUUGCCGAAGGGCUUCAGCAAGUGGAGUCUUGUGCCGUUACAUGGUAUAACCAGGAAAAAUUAAUUCUCUUUGUGGUGUCCAAAGAUGAUUUAGUAAAGGAUGACAUCUUUAAAGAGCUGCAGAAACACCUCCCAAAUCAUGCAGUCCCCGAUGAGCUUGUGGAGAUUGAUUCGCUGCCAUUUACAUCUCACGGCAAAAUUAAUGUUUCUGAGUUAAAUAAGGUUUAUUUAAACUACACAAACUUGAAGUCUGGAUGUAAACUCAAUGGAAAAGAGGAACUUUGGGAAAAAUUACAGCAUUCGUGGAAGUCUGUUCUGGGUCUCUCAGAAGACUCUUCGAAGGUUCCUGACGAGUCCCUCUUCCUAAACAGUGGUGGAGACUCCUUGAAGUCCAUGCGGCUUCUCAACGAGAUUGAAAACCUUGUUGGCACAUCCAUACCUGGGCUUCUGGAACUUAUUCUUAGCACUUCUAUUUUAGAUAUUUAUAAUCACAUCCUUCAAGCGGUGUUUCCAGAUGAAGAUCUGACAUUUGGCAAGAAUUAUGCCCCCAAAAGAAAAUUCAGCGAUAUUGUUAAUCAAGAGGAAACCGGUGGAAAAUCUUUACAUCCGGAAUCUGUUGUGUUUUUAAAUUGUGACAAGGAGAUAAAUGCUUUUAUCGCCCUGAGCAGAGGGAGUCAGAUUUUGUCUCUGAAUACUACUAGAUUUUUAACUGAGCUGGGACAUUGCCCUUCAGCCUGUUCUUCUGAUUUAAUUUCACAGACUAACAUUCAAAAUAUGAAAAGCUUAAAUCCUCCAGCUCUUACUGGGAAGUCAAAAGAUCUGUCCUGUGUUGUUGCAAAAGUUUCUGAAGACAAGACACCUGUGACAGGGGCUGAGGACAUGGAGCUGUGUGUGAGGUGGAGCUCAGACACAGGCAAAUGUGUGGAUGCCUCACCUCUGGUUGUAAUUCCAGCUGCUGAUGCGUCAUUGGCAACUGUGUACAUUGGCUCCCAUUCUCGUAAAAUGGUGGCACUUAAUCUUUACUCUGGGAAGGUGAAAUGGGAACAGAUUUUGGGAGAUCGAAUUGAAUCCUCGGCAUGUGUAUCCAAGUGUGGAAAGUUCAUUGUAGUGGAUGUACCACAGUUUAUCCAAAUCACAUUUGGAUUACUUCCAGUUUUUGGAAAUUCUAAGACUGCCACGAGUGGGAUUUUUUGUGAAUGCUGUUACAAUGGCUUAGUUUAUGUUCUAAAAAGUGACAAUGGAGAAAAAUACUGGAUGUUUACUACUGAGGAUGCUGUGAAGAGCUCAGCAACCAUGGAUCCAACCACAGGACUUUUUUACAUUGGAUCUCAUGACCAGCAUGCAUAUGCUUUGGAUAUUUAUAAAAAGAAGUGUGUUUGGACGUUGAAAUGCAAAGGAACUGUUUUUUCUUCUCCUUGUUUGAGCCUCAUUCCACAUCAUUUGUAUUUUGCUACACUGGGAGGACUUUUACUGGCUAUAAAUCCUGCCACUGGGAACAGAGUCUGGAAGCAUCACUGUGGAAAGCCACUCUUCUCUUCUCCACGGUGCUGCCUACAAUAUGUUUGCAUCGGCUGUGUAGACGGGAAUUUACUUUGCUUUACGCACUUUGGAGAACAGGUUUGGCAGUUCUCUACCAGUGAACCGAUCUUUUCAUCUCCAUGUACCUCAGCAUCAGAGCAAGAAAUAUUUUUUGGUUCCCAUGAUUGCUUUAUCUACUGCUGUAACAUGAAAGGUCAACUCCGAUGGAAAUUUCAAACUACUUCAAUGGUGUAUUCAACACCAUUUGCCUUCCGUAACCACACGUGCAGCAGUGAAGCGUGGCUGGCAGCAGCAUCUACUGAUGGGAAAUUGUGGAUCUUGGAAUCUGAGAGUGGAAACUUGCAAAGAGUGUAUCAACUUCCUGGAGAAGUCUUCUCUUCUCCUGUGGUCUGGGAGUCAAUGCUUGUUAUUGGAUGUAGAAAUAAUUAUGUUUAUUGUCUGGAUUUAUUGCAUGGCAAUCAAAAGUAAUGAAGUACAUUCCUUACUAGAAUAUAUCUGUGAGAUAUUGAAAAGAUUUUGCAUUUUAGAUAAUGUGGAUAAUUUUAUGUUAAAGAUUGUAUUUUGCUUAAGAAACUUGUCUAUUUAUUGGGAAAACAACCAUAUUUUACUUCCUUUAGGAGCAAAAAAAUGCUCUUAAAAGAAAUUACUGAACAAAACAUCAAUAUAUUAAGUAACACUUUAAUUAGGCCACAGAUGUUCUACUUUAGGUUUUUUGGGUUUUUAAAAUUUUUUUUUUGCUUUUUUUAAGGCCGUACCUUCAGCAU